CGGUCGAAUUCGGAGUGGGAAUGUUUUUCUCAAAAUGGCGCUCGGUCAGUAUAACGAGUAGACAGAUUAGAUGACGCGAAAAAGUGAAAAUUAACAACAAAAACGUGAUAUUUUUGUAAAAAAUAUAAUUGCAAAGUCUACCUAAGAACUUCUUUAAGAGCUGUGAAGUGAAAUUUGUUGCGUGAAACAAUUAAAAGAGUGAAAAAAUAGAAAUUCUACAUUAAGUUAACGCAACGAGUUGCAGGAGAACGCGACGAGUCACGCAAGGCGACAGCGUUGGGCAACGGCGCACAGAACGACCGGUCGAGCCGUUUGCCGUGCAGCCACAACAGUCGUAAUCCAGCUAGAUACAUAACGCAAGACAAAGUACAUAUUUCUGGUGCUCCACUGGUUUGCGAAUACUGAGCGGGUGUCGGUGUAGUGCGGGACAAGUAAAAAAAAAAAUCCCCAAACUAGAAGUUUUUCGCACUGAAUGUUACACCAAUCGGUAGCGAAGCAAUAAACACAUUUACUACCAAACCGUUUCGUUCGCCAAUAUGGAUCCCAAUUCAAGCCCCUGGUCUUAUGCUUAUAAUCGUAUUGUGCCAUCUGCCUCCAGCACUGGGUCAGCAGAAGAUUUUCAACAUCCACACUUGGCGCCUGCCCAAUCUCUAUUUCUACAGGCUGCACACUCUGGUAUAGCAGCUAGCUUUAAUGCCGCAGCUGCUGGCAGCGGAAGUUUUGUAUCACCUUCACCAAUUGGCGGAUAUAAUCCAGUCUUUCAACAAAUCUACCAUCAUGCGGCUGCAGCUAGUGCACAACCAAAACCAGCCCACUACGCCUCAAGUGCUGUAAAUACACCAGUGCGUCAAAUACAAAUACCAUCAACGUUAGAUAAACAAUUGACGAAUUUCCAAAAUCAAGCCGCUGUCGCUGUUGUAUCAUCAGCUGCUGCAGCAGCCGCAAAUAAUGCUGCUUCUAAUUAUUAUGGUGAAAAUUCCUCAUCGAGCGGUGCAUCGCCAUCGCCCACAACAUCAGCAAUUACAUCAACUACGCUCAGUUGGAAUACGCCGAUGAUAUCCAACACAUUUUUGGCUAUGCAACAACAACAACAGCAGCAGCAGCAGCAAACACAACAACAGCAGCAACAUCAACAACAGCAAGCGCAACAACCACAACUGAAUUUAGUGGCCGAGAAGGUGCAAAUCAAACAGGAGAAGCCAUCCGACCUUAAAGCUUAUAAUGAUAUACUUUUAUAUCAGACGCAACUACAUCAACAACAACAACAGUUGCAACAACAGCAACAACAACAGCAAGAUGAAAUCAAUGCUGCAAUUGACAAUGAUGCUGAAAUGUAUUGUACCAUUGAUGGUAAAAAUUAUAAAAUUGUACGCAAAGGUCAACAACAACAACUAAUACAAGUCGAUCAAAUACAUCAGAAUGAUGUAAAUAGUUCAUAUGCUGCUGGCAGCACAACACCAGCACUCACAGUUGCUGUAGAUAAUGCUGUGUCACCUCAUGUGAUUGUCUAUAAGACAGGUGGUGGUGCUGAAUCGCCGGCCUUGCGACGUAACAUUGCAGGUGCAGGCUCACCAGCUUCGGCCACAGUUGCUUAUUCGUCUGUGAUACAAAGUACACCGCAACAACAGCAACAGCUGCAGCAGCAACAACAACAGCAACACGUUUCAGCGUGUUGGACUAAAAUCGAAGAUACUAAUGGUUCGACGGACGGUGGUGCUAGUACGGAAGAUGUGAAAAAUGUCUUGCAAUUACAAGUAAAGCAAGAAAACCGUCAAUUGGGUUAUGUCACUGAUAACGAUGUGGGCGAAAGUUUGAUAUUCAAUUUGCCACCUGGACUUGAAAUUAAACAAACGCUAUAUAAUCCCAGUACGGGUGCAGCUAUUGGUAAUUCGACUGUGUUGCAACAUACCCAACAACAGCAACAAGCACAAGCUCAAGCGCAACAACAGCAGUUGUUAGCACAACAAAAUUUGUUCAAUAAUCAAAAAUUGCAACAACAGCAACAACAAGUCGAAAAGCAACGUCGCCAGCAUAUGGUGGCGAAUAUGUUGGUAUCGCCUACGGCGAAUACGAAUAAUCAACAACAACAACAGCAGCAACAACAACAAACUUCCUCCUCCCAAGCGUCACAGAUUCAAAUCAUACCCAAGGUUGAAGUGGAGCCGCCAAAGCAACUGCCUGCAAAACCUGCCAAAACGCCGCGCAAGCGUCAACCGAAAAAGACGCUCGUCACGAACGACUAUGCGACGGUGCGCAGUCCACAGCAGGAUGUGGUGCAACAUCAGCAACAACAGCAAGCACAACAACAACAGCAGCAACAACAGCAUCAUCAGCAGCAGCAGCAGCAACAACAACAGCAGCAGCAAACGCAACAGCAGCAGCAGCAACAACAACAAGCUACCUACUAUGAUUUCAAUAGUAAAUGGAAUACGCCCUUAAAGAUCGAGAACAAUACGCCGUCGCCGGUUGCGCAAGCGCCCCCUAUUAGCAUACCGACCUAUGUGAAUCCACAUGCCGCACAACAGCAACAACAACAGCAGCAGCAGCAACAACAAGUGCAGCAACAACAGGUGGCUGCGCAACAACAGCAACAAAUACCGCAACCAGCGCAUAUGCAGUCAUCGCAAGCGCAGUCACAGGCGCAUCUGACGAAUUUAUCUUCGUACUAUUCGAGCACAUUUCCACAACAAAUUGCUUCACAGUACACUGCAUGCAUGCAGCAGAAUGCAGCAACAGCUGGCGCCAUACCACAUACGCUUUAUAAUCUCAAUCAACCGCAGCAACAGCAGCAGCAGCAGCAACCGCUGCAACAGUCGCCGACACAGCACCAGCAACCACCUACGCAACCGCCACAGCAGCAACAGCAGCAAGCGCAGGCGCAGGUACAAGCACAACUACAGCAACAUGCGCCACAACAGCAGCAAACGCCACAACAACAGCAACAGUCCAAUACAGAUGCAACGCCCGCUGCCAAUGAUCCGAGCAAUAAAGUGAUUGUGCCCAAUAUCGAAGAGGAAUUGGACUUUCUCACGGACGCUGUAGCGCCCAAACAGGGCUAUGCGAACUCGUCAACGAACUUGAACAAUAGCAAUGGACGUAGCGCCACGAAUUUCGGCAUACGUCAUCCCCAAACGGAGGCACAAAGUGCUGGCAGCACGCCAGUGACCAGUGCGCUCACUAAUAACGGUUUGACGGCAGCGGCGGCGGCGGCAACGGGCGCAACGGUAGGCAAUAGUAUUGUACCGGGUAGCGAGCGUAGGCCGGUCGUUGGCACUUCGAUUGGCGAAAAAAAGACACAGUUCAUGGAUAGCUAUUUGAAGUUCCUGCAGGGUGAGCGUGAUGAUUCGCCACCACCGGCUGUGGUUAAGAGUGGCCGCAAAGUGAACUAUCAACGUUCGCCCAGCGGCAAUGCGGCAAAACGUACAAAAACCGGCAAUGGCAAUAACGAGGAGGCGGCGGCCAGCGCAGGCGCGACAAGUGGUCAAACGAACGAGCAGCAAGCAAACCAGCAACAAGCAGGUGUUGUUGACGAACAAACUCCCGGUUUGUCGGCCGACGAUGCGCAUCGUAUUAAAAUACUCUCACAAACGCAGAUAUUGCCGAAGAAGCGACCACAGGCGCACAUGGCUGCGGCGGCGGCUGCAGCUGCUGCUGCCGAGACAUCGGCUGCCGCCACAGCGAGCACACCGUCGGUCAUACAGCAUCCAGCUGAGCAGCAGCAGCAGCAACAACAACAGCAACAGUUACAACAUCAACAGCAGCAACAACAACAGCAGCAGCAAUCAUUCCGCCCAUAUGGGCAGCAGAUUCCGACCCAAACACAACAACCGCAACAGGCGCAACAACAACAGCAGCAACAGCAACAACAACAUUCACAACAACAACCACAGCAACAGCAACAACAAUACUGUGCACAAUUGGGGUUUAGCGGUGGUGGCGGUGGCGGCGGCAGCAGUCAAGAUCCACUCACAUUGCCGCCACGACGCGAGCAAGGUCUACGCAAAGCGAAACAGACGAGCAUGCAUGCCAUGUUCAUGAGUACGGGCACUGCAGGUGGCGCUAGCGGCAGCGGUUUGGCUGAUAAUGAAGAUCAAGAGCCCGAUGAGUUCGCGGACUCCGACACGGAUCCCGUGUGGACGCCACAGGAUGAUGAUAGCGAUGAGGGCGGCAGAAGCUAUCGCCGGAAGACAUCAUCGCGUAGAAAUAAGAGUGCACCGCGUAAAACUAACUACAAUCAGCAGCCGGAGCAGCAGCAACAACAAACGUCGCUUACUCAAGUGCAGCCACAACAACAACAACAACAACAGCCACAGCAGCAACAGUUGGCGCAACAACAAAAUGUUGAUGGUUAUACACCGAAUAAAGCCAAUGCAUCAUCGUAUGCCAACACUACGCACGAUGCGGAUAAUUUUAAGACCGGCGAUUUCAUUGUACUCCGUUCCGAUUUGGUCAACGAUUGGCCGAUCAUCUGGCAGGUGGACACCCAAUGUAUUCUACAAAAAUAUGAGCCAUUCUGUCAGAAUGGCAAAAUGUUCUAUCGCAACAUGUCAAUGUAUUCAUCGUGGAAUCUCGACUCAAAGAAGCUAUAUGUUAAGGCGCCCGUACGCAUACAAGUGCAAUCGCACAAGGAGACUAUUGUGGAAUUUAUGCGUUCCGAGCUGUUGGCCGACGAUACCGAACAAUUUAUUGAGAAAAUUAUGGAAGAUUAUUUGCGUUAUCGCGAUAAUUUCGAAAUUUACAUACAAACAAUGAUAUCACAGGUGCUGGAUCCAAGCUUUUUCUUGGAAAUAACUAGAGAGAAGGAUGAGUACUUUUUGGGCAGCGUACGCAUUAUCGAUAGCAUAAUGGAUAAUUGUAAGCGUAAAUUACUCUCCAUUACGCCCUGGACACGCAGUAUUAUCGUUUCAAUAGAAACUUAUCCCAAGUGUCAUGUUUUCACCGAGUGGGGACAAAACAAUCUGACGCAGAAAAACUGUGGCGGCUGUCAUCAGCCAGGCAUAUCGGUGCGCUUUCUGCUGUUUGGUAAUCCCUAUCAUGCCAAUACGAUGCAACCGGUGCCCGUGGAUACGCGCUUGGCUUGUGAGAAGGACAUACUGCUGUGUCGCAUUUGCGCUGCCCGUGCUGAUAUAUUCCAUAAGAUUGCACAUGAAAAGUAUAAUUUGUAUAUUCAUUGUUCGUCACGUGUUGGUGAACAACAGCAAGAAUACCCGGGCAAAUCGUCAACCGAAAUCUUAAACGAUCUACUAGCCGAACACAACUGGGUGGAUGAGUUAUUCCGCAAUAUGCGCAACUCCUGGGCUGAGGUGGAAAGUUUAGAACGUCAAAAACGUUUUCGUGAAGUCUCACAAUAAAAUUAAUAUACUGUAAUAUGAAUAUAUUUAAUAACAACGCAUCAGCAACGCUGGUAUUGGUGCUCAUAUGUACACGCUGAAUAAAUUCAGCCGUUAAGUUGCCGUGCAAUAAACAGCCCAGCAAGAAAAACUAACGAAAUUCCUUAUACAAUUCUAACUACGCAAAAGCAGCAGUGCAGAAACAAAACAAAAAAGUAUAAUUAACUUAAAUGUUAGCAGAAAAAAUUAUUCUUGUACCAACUGUUAUUAGCGCGUCUAAGCCAGCGCUUAAUUUUGCCUGCAAACAACGUAAAGGUGUGCGCUAAGCGGCGUUGGAAAGCGCCAUGCAAAAUACAAAUCUAUAAAAAAGUAUAAAAUAGCAGUUACUAAGUAUAUAAAUACAUAUAAUACAUAAUACGUAUACAAAUACCUAAAUAUAUAUACAGUUUAGCAUACAA